UCUCAAUUCGCCCCGUCCACGUAAUCCACCUGGUCCGGCUAGUUUGCUUCAAUUUUCUCUCUCCCUCUUUCACGAUCCAAUUGCGUACCCAACUUCCCUGCGACCUUCUCGAUCUCUAUUUUCUCUGAAUUCCGUUGCUUCGAUUCAAUUCUGGAACCAAACUGGAAAAUCAAAUAAAAAAUGACAAGCGCUUCUUCCGAAUCAACGGUGGUGCUUGCUCGGGGCCGUUUGGCCAGGCUUACCGCUCACCUACGACCUUCCUCCACUGAGCAACUUGAUCACGUACCUUCUCUCGACCCUGUUCCUCUCUCUGCUCAAACUUCAAUCUUGCCACCCGGCAACCUCAAGGGGUCUUUGACGAUCGUCGACGAGAGGACUGGGAAAAAGUACCAGGUUGAGGUCUCCGAAGAGGGGACAAUCAAAGCUGCUGACUUCAAGAAGAUAUCGACCGGUAAGAAUGACAAGGGACUCAAACUUUAUGACCCGGGAUAUUUGAACACAGCUCCUGUCCGAUCAAAAAUUUCCUAUAUUGAUGGCGAUGAGGGAAUCCUUAGAUAUAGAGGCUACCCAAUUGAGGAGUUGGCCGAGAAAAGCACUUAUAUGGAAGUCGCCUAUCUGAUAAUGUAUGGAAAUUUGCCUACUGAAAGUCAGUUAGCCGACUGGGAGUUUGCUAUAUCUCAGCAUUCAGCUGUUCCACAAGGAGUUUUGGAUAUCAUACAAUCAAUGCCACAUGAUGCACAUCCAAUGGGUGUACUUGUUAGUGCCAUAAGUGCUCUUUCAGUUUUUCACCCAGACGCAAAUCCUGCUCUUAAGGGUCUUGAUGUAUACCAGUCGAAACAAGUGAGAGACAAACAAAUAGCUCGAAUCAUUGGAAAGAUAACAACAAUUGCUGCUGCAGCUUAUCUUAGAUUGGCAGGAAGGCCACCAGUGCUUCCAUCCAGCCACCUUUCUUACACAGAGAACUUCCUAUACAUGCUGGAUUCUUUAGGCAAUCGCUCAUAUAAACCCAAUCCUAGGCUAACUCGUGCGCUGGAUAUUAUCUUCAUCUUGCAUGCAGAACAUGAAAUGAACUGCUCUACAUCUGCUGUCCGGCACCUUUCAUCAAGUGGUGUGGAUGUAUUCACUGCUAUUGCUGGUGCUGUUGGAGCACUAUAUGGGCCUCUUCAUGGCGGAGCCAACGAGGCUGUCCUGAAGAUGCUGAGUGAAAUUGGAACUGUUGAGAAAAUACCAGAAUUCAUUGAGGGUGUCAAAGCCAGGAAACGAAAGAUGAGUGGUUUUGGACAUCGUGUUUACAAGAACUAUGAUCCCAGAGCAAAGGUCCUAAGAAGGCUGGCAGAUGAAGUAUUUUCCAUUGUUGGUCGGGACCCUCUUAUUGAGAUUGCAGUCGCCUUGGAGAAGGUCGCAUUGUCUGAUGAAUUUUUCAUUAAGAGGAGGCUAUAUCCUAACGUGGAUUUUUACUCUGGGCUAAUUUAUAGGGCCAUGGGAUUUCCGCCUGAGUUUUUCACAGUUUUAUUUGCUAUCCCUCGAAUGGUUGGAUACUUGGCACAUUGGCGAGAGUCCCUGGAUGAUCCUGAUACGAAGAUUAUGAGACCUCAACAGGCUUACAUUGGGGAAUGGUUGCGACAUUAUACGCCAAUCAAUGAACGAUCUGUAUCAAGUAAUGCUGACAGGCUUGGUGAGUUGGCCAUAUCAAACGCCUCAAGGAGGCGACUUGCUGGAUCUAGCUUAUAGCCUUGAUCUAGGUUAAUCAGUAAAAUGCCAAGAGGUGAUAUACAACUCGUGAAAGCUUAUAGGUUUCUGCCUUUUUUUUUUUUGGGUUUUUUUUGGGUAGAAAUUCUGACUUUUAUUUCUAUUAACCUAGACAGUGCAUUUUUAGAAUCAGGGGCAUGUCACUGGAUAAAUAAUGAAGCUGGUAUCCGUAGCAUGUAUUUACAGUUCCAGCCCUCAUCUCAGAUUUGUAUCUGUAGUCUGCAAGAAGUUCAUCUACGAAUAAUUUUAUUUCUUAGCCUUGUCUAUAUGAAUGAUAUUAGUUUCAAGAUCA